UGCUCUCCCUUCACACUUUCUCUAACCAAAAAUGCCCACCACAAAUCUCUAUGACUCAGACAAAGACAGUACAACUUCUUCUUCACUAACAAUGCCUUCUACUAUUACUACUACUACUACUAAUAUCAGUAGUUUUAGUAGUUGUCGAAGCUCAGUUUCAUUCUCAACAGAAUUAACAAAUUUCUCCAAUUCACAGAAGAAGCCCCACAAAUCGAAUCAACUCGAAUGGGAACUCAUAAAACGGAUCCGGGUCGAAUCGGGUCAAGUUAAACUUGAGCAUUUUAGGUUGUUGAGAAGAGUUGGUGGUGGAGAUAUUGGAAGUGUUUACUUAUGUGAAGUUAGGAAUCCUGUUGUUGGUUUGCCUCAGUGUUUUUAUGCCAUGAAGGUUGUGGACAGAGAGGCAGUAGAAAUAAGAAAGAAACUACAAAGGGCAGAAAUGGAGAAGGAAAUAUUAGGGAUAAUUGAUCAUCCAUUUUUACCAACAUUAUAUGCGCAAUUUGAAGCUAAACAUUAUUCAUGUUUAGUUAUGGAGUAUUGUCCUGGCGGUGAUUUGCAUGCCCUCCGCCAACGCCAGCCCGGAAAACGCUUCAGUAUUUCCUCUACUAAGUUUUAUGCUGCAGAAAUACUUUUGGCAUUAGAAUAUCUCCACAUGAUGGGAAUUGUAUACAGGGAUUUAAAGCCAGAAAAUGUUCUUGUAAGAUCAGAUGGUCACAUUAUGCUAUCAGAUUUUGAUCUCUCGUUCAAGUGUGAUGAAGUUGUUCCAACACUUAUAAAGUCGAAAACCAAAUCCAUUGCCAGAACACCAAGAAACUCUUAUUGUGCAAUGCCAAUUCAACCAGUGUUAUCCUGUUUCUCAUCACACAAGACACAACAGGAGCAAGAAUUCCAAGAACGGAGUCAAGAAAUGGUUGCUGAACCUAUAAAUGCGCGAUCAAAAUCAUUCGUUGGGACACAUGAAUACUUAGCCCCUGAGGUCAUUUCAGGUCAAGGUCAUGGAAGUGCAGUAGAUUGGUGGACACUAGGUGUAUUCCUAUACGAACUCAUUUUUGGUACCAGUCCUUUUAAAGGAGAGAACAAUGAGAAAACGCUCGUCAACAUACUGAAGAAGCCACUCACAUUCCCAAGAAUCGCGAUAACUAGCAACAAAGAGUACGAUGAAAUGGUAAAGGUUCAAGAUUUGAUAUGUAGAUUACUUGUGAAGAAUCCCAAGAAGAGAAUUGGGAGUUUAAAAGGUUCAGUUGAAAUAAAGAAACAUGAGUUCUUUAAAGGUGUAAAUUGGGCUUUGAUUAGGUCAAUUAAACCACCACAAGUACCAAGUGAUUUGGUGAAACUGAGAGGUGUUAGAGGUGCUAGUGUUGUUCCUAAGUUGAGUAAGAAACAAAGAGAAGAACCUUAUCAAAUACCUCAGUAUUUUGAUUACUUCUAAAGCAUUGUAAAUAAUUUAGGAUAAUUAAAUUAACAGGAUAGUACGUUUUAAUGAUCAUGUAUGACAUGAAGGAAAGAGGUAGUUGUUUUCAUGUACAUGUUUCUCUUUUAACACUAUGAUAUUAUCUGCUUUAGAUUUGA